AUGGCUCCGAGCAAUGGCAAAUUCGUCAUUGACGCAGUAACGGGCGAUGUGGUUGAAGAAGUGCCUAACGGCGGUGUACUUGUUCAUGCUUGCAAUUGUAUUGGAAAUUGGGGAGCUGGAGUUGCCUUGCACCUAAAGAAGCAUUUCCCGGAGGCGUAUAAGCUUCAGUAUGAGUAUUGUCAAGAACGGACACACGAAGAACUCAUGGGGAGCUGUCUUGUUAUCUUGCCACAAGAUGAGGAUAGCAAGGCGAUUGGAAAGGAGGUAUACAUUGCGUGUCUGUUCACGAGCCACGGGUAUGGGAGGAAGAACUCCAAAACGAAGAAUCCAGGACUGUCAAAGAAGGCGGACGUUCUCACUGCAACGAAGACAGCGCUUGAGGACUUGCGAAAGCAGCUUGAUCAGCUACACAGCAAAGGCGAAAGCGACAGAGUGCUUGAGAUCACGUCUGUCAAAUUCAAUGCAGGGUCGUUCAAGGUACCCUGGGAGGAAACACAAUUACAGAUUGAGGAGGCCUUCAAGGACUACGGCGGUACUUGGAUCGUCGUCAGUCCAAAGUGA